AUAAUCGUCUUACGGAAUAUCUUAAUUUUAUUCGCUCAAGUCUACCACUGUGCGAUCGCUCUCGACUCUGCCAUCAAAUUUCCUCUUCAUCUUCAUCAUGAACCACUUUCCCGAAGCCUGGGGUCGGCCCAGAGAUGACAUUUAUGGGCCAUAUAACCCAUCAUACCUGCAAACUACCGGCCCGAAAGCGUAUACUCAGUCGCCCGCCGUGACGGGAACGUCUGUUGUGGCCGUGAAAUUCAAUGGAGGAGUUGCGAUUGCUGCAGAUAAUCUUGCUUCAUACGGAUCUCUCUCUCGGUUCACCGACGUCAAACGCCUCCGUAAAUUUGGCGAUACUGCCGUCAUCGGAUUCAGUGGGGAUGUCUCUGACAUGCAGUACAUUGACCGAUUAUUGGAUUCUAUCGAUAUCAGAGAAAACUACUCGGCCCACGGCAACACACUCAAUGCCAAAAACCUCCACACCUACUUGUCCAAGGUUCUCUACAAGCGUCGUUCUGAGUUUAACCCCCUCUGGAAUCACAUUUUAGUUGCCGGUUUCGAUGACAACAAAAAGCCUUUCCUCAGCUCUGCUGACUUACUGGGCACCACGUUCUCUGCACCACAUCUGGCAACUGGAUUUGGCGCCCACCUGGCUAUUCCAAUUCUUCGCCGGCUAUUUCCCGAAGAGAGACCCGUCGAGGAGAUCAGCAAGGAUGAGGCCGUGACAGCGCUUCGGGAGUGCAUUAAAGUUCUCUGGUAUCGGGACGCACGGAGUCUUGACAAGUACUCCUUAGCAGUCAUCACAGCCCAGGGAAUCGACAUCCAGGAGGACCAGCAGGUCGAGGCUCAGAGCUGGGCAUUCGCGGAAACCAUCAAAGGCUACGGGGCUCAAGUUAACUAGUUUCUUUGUUGAUUGAAAGUGCAUCAAGUCACUUUCAGAGCUUACCAUAUCCGCAAUCACCUAUGUGACGAGGUCCUGCCUGGAGAUAAAUUAAAUAAUACGGAAAGAAAUUGCUUCAUUGCGGACCUAUACAGCGUGCCUUUGACCCGCCCAACUUAGCUAAGCCAGAGCAAGCUCACAAAUGACCAGCGUUUUAUGUAGGGACAUCAAAGUUUAGACGAUG